ACUAUAUACUUUUUUGGGGGUAUUUUAAUUGAGCUGUCUGUAUUUCCCCAGAUGGCCAAGAAAAUUUCUGAAUUGGCAAUCUGUUUGAUCCUCCUCCUCCUAAUUGUUUUGGGUAUUAACAUUGCUUUGCUGGUUCUUCUGAUACAAGAUGUCCCCUUUACUCCAGAAUGUCGAGCUAUUAAGCUGCCAGAAAGGAUAAAUUGUAUUCCAGACGAGUUGGCAACACAGGCACUCUGCCACCGCCGCCAGUGUUGCUGGAACCCUCUAGGAAACAGCAGUGCCCCCUCCUGCUUCUUUCCCAGGAAUGUGGGCUAUAAAGUCAUAGACAUAGCCAAAACUCCCUCUCUCUCUUUUCCUCCUCCUCUCUUUUUGUUUCUGUCUGUCUGUCUUUCUAUCUUUGUUGCUCUCUUCCUCCCUCUCUCUCCCUUCCCCAUCCCCUCCUCCUCUCUCUUUGUUUCUGUCUCUGUGUUUCUCUGCCUCCCCUUCUCAGACUUGACAGAAUUGAGAAGAUUGCCAUCCCCAUCUCUGUUUGGAAAUGACAUCAUUGAUCUUCUCUUCACAAAAGAAUACCAGACACCUAAUCGGUUUCACUUUAAGAUCAUUGAUCCUAAAAGGAAUCGGUUUGAAGUCCCCCAUGAACAUGUUCAAUCAUCAAAUGAAGAUUCAUUCUCCAAUUUUAACUAUAAGGUAGAAGUCACAGAAAAUCCCUUCAGCAUCAAAAUAAGAAGGACCGAGAACAACAAAGUCCUCUUCGACACAAGCAUUGGGCCCCUCCAGUAUGCUGAGCAGUACCUGCAGCUCUCUGUCCGACUGCCCAGUCACAAUGUGUAUGGAUUUGGGGAACAUGUGCACCAGCAGUACCUUCAUAAUAUGAGCUGGAAGACUUGGCCCAUCUUCACUAGGGAUGCCAUUCCUAAUGCUAACAUGACUAACUUGUAUGGUGCUCAGACAUUCUUCUUAUGUCUUGAAGACAACAGUGGUUUUUCAUUUGGAGUUUUCCUAAUGAACAGUAAUGCCAUGGAGGUUGUCCUUCAGCCUGCCCCCGCAGUCACUUACCGUGUAAUUGGUGGCAUUCUUGACUUCUAUGUAUUCUUGGGAAAUAAUCCAGAACAAGUUGUUCAGGAAUACCUGAAGCUCAUUGGAUUACCCUUUUUGCCCCCUUACUGGAGUCUUGGCUUCCAGCUAAGUCAUAGGGAUUAUGGAGGCAUUGAAGGACUGAAAUCUGUUGUCAACAGAACACAUGCUGUUAGGAUACCUUAUGAUGUCCAGUACUCUGACAUAGACUACAUGGAUAAGAAGAAGGUCUUUACUUAUGAUAAAGAUAAUUUCAAAGGCCUUGACAACUUUACUAAAGAAUUGCGAAAAGGGCAGAAAUAUGUCAUUAUUCUGAUUCCCGGCAUCUCCAAAACCCUUUCCUAUGGUCCCUAUGAGAAUGGAAGCAAAAUGAACAUCUGGGUUUCUGGAACGACUGGACCCGUCAUUGGGGAGGUAUGGCAAGAACCUACUGUUUUCCCUGAUUACACCAGCUCACAAGGCAUUGAGUGGUGGAUUGAUGAGUUGGAGUUGUUUCAUAAAAAACUGAAUUUUGAUGGAGUCUGGAUUGAUAUGAAUGAAGUGUCCAACUUUUUAAAUGAUAAAUUACAAUGUGAAGACAAUUACUUGAAUAAUCCAGCAUUUAUCCCCAGUAAGUGCUAAUAUGAUUGCUGUCAAUAUGUAAAAUGUUAAAAAAGAAAAGAAAAACCAUUAGAAGGUUCAGUAUGAUGGAAUUUGAGCACAGUGUUUCACUGAUGACUAGGGCUUUCCUUA